AAGAAGCUGGAGAGGCAGCUGGCGGAGGCGGAGCGCAAGGUGGUGGAGGGGGAGGCGGUGCGCCGCCGCCUGCACAACACCAUCCAGGAGCUCAAGGGCAACAUCCGGGUGUUUUGCCGCGUGCGCCCCGCGGCGGAGGGCGAGGGCGCCGAGGCGGCGCCGGGGCGCCCGGUGGUGGCCUACCCCGCGGCCGGGGACCUCGUGGGCCGCGGGCUGGAGCUGUGCCAGCCGGGGGGCGGCGCCGGUAAGGGGGAGCGCGACGCGCAGGCCCACAGCUUUGGCUUCGACAAGGUCUUUGCGCCGGGGGCGUCGCAGGGCGAGGUGUUUGAGGAGAUCAGCCAGCUGGUGCAGUCGGCGCUGGACGGAUACAAAGUCUGCAUCUUUGCGUAUGGGCAGACCGGGUCGGGCAAGACGCACACCAUGAUGGGCAGCCAGCAGGAGCCCGGCAUGAUCCCCCGGGCAAUGAACCAGGUGUUUGCGGCUGCCAAGGAGCUGGCGGCGCAGGGGUGGCGGUAUGAGAUGAGGGCGGCCAUGCUGGAGAUCUACAAUGAAGAGUUGAGGGACCUGUUGGGCAAGGGGCCGCCUGCCGGCAAGAAGCACGCGGUAUCCCACGACGACAAGGGCGGUACCACGGUAUCCCACCUCGACUACGUGGACGUCAGCCAGCCCGAGCGCGUGGCAGCGCUGCUGGAGCGCGCCAUGCGGCAGCGCAGCGUGGGCGCAACCGCCAUGAACGACCAGUCCAGCCGCUCCCACAUGGUGUUCCAGCUGCAGAUAGAGGGGGCCAACGCGGAGACGGGGCAGAAGGCCAAGGGCCUGCUCAACCUGAUCGACCUGGCGGGCAGCGAGCGGCUGUCGCGGUCGGCGGUGACGGGGGAGCGGCUCAAGGAGACGCAGGCCAUCAACAAGUCUCUGGCGGCCCUGGGCGACGUGAUUGCGGCCCUGGGCAACAAGGAGGCGCACGUGCCCUACCGCAACUCCAAGCUCACCUACCUGCUGCAGACCAGCCUGGGAGGCGCCAACAGCAAGACGCUCAUGUUUGUCAACGUCAGCCCCAGCGCCGAGUCUGCGCAGGAGACGCUGUGCUCGCUGCGCUUUGCUGCCAAGGUGAACGCCUGCGAGAUCGGCACCGCCAAGCGCAAC